CCGAAGCAGCGUUCCAAUGUCGGGAGAAAACAAGUUGGACUUCUCGACCUCUGCCUUGUUCGGUGUCCGGGGGAAAGUAGCCGUCGUCACUGGUGGAGGCUCGGGAAUUGGGAGUAUGAUUGCCUCAGCUUACGUUCAGAAUGGAGCCAAAGUAUACAUUGCGUCUCGCAAGGAGCAGCAGCUCAAAGAUACAAGUGAUGCACUCAACAAACAGGGACCAGGAAGUUGUCAUUACGUAGUGGCGGAUAUCAGCACGAAGGCCGGUUGCGAUGCUCUUGCUAAUGCUAUCAAGGAGCGGGAGCCCAAGGUGCACAUCCUAGUGAACAACUCAGGCACAUCAUGGGGUGCUCCAUUCGACGAUUUCCCAGAACAGGGUUGGGACAAGGUCAUGGCGCUCAACGUGAAGAGCCCAUUUUACGUGACCUCAUCGCUCGCUCCGCUCCUCGCAAAGGACGCGACCUCCUUCGAUCCCGGUCGCGUGAUCAACAUCUCGUCCGUGGCAAGCUUCAUCACAGUCACGGAGGACGCGAAAGUCGCCGCUAAGGGUACUGGCACCUGGAGCUAUGGCGCGAGCAAGGCAGCGCUUAACCAGCUUACGGUGCUGUUGGCUACUACUCUUGCAAACAAGUACAUCACCGUCAAUACGAUCUGCCCUGGCGUCUUCCCGUCCAAGAUGACUGCGUUUGGCCUCAAACAACAUGGAGAAGAGGGUCUUGCCGAGGGCAGUCCCUUCGGACGCAUCGGCCACCCAAGAGAUAUGGCUGGUGUCGCACUAUUUCUUGCUAGUCCGGCGGCAGCAUAUGUCUCCGGCACGCACAUCAUUCUCGACGGUGCCAAUGCACAUUCGCGGAUGAAGGCUGCGCUAUGAGUCGGUCCAUUUCGUCCGGAAAUAGGGUUCUCAUAGGAUGUACUAUCACAAUUCGCUAUCUAAAUCGUCAUACGAGACAAUCUGAAGCCAUUCUCCC